AUGACUUCUUUAUUGUUAGCUUUUUGGUCAUACUGGGAAACAGCCACGAGGUCAACGAGCCGACUGCUGCUCGGAGUGCAAUGGAACAACUUUUUCCACUUUAUCGUCUUUGCGCUCCUGUUUUUCCACCCCUCACACUCGUGUGCUGCCGACCCACCGCAGCACGGAACUAGCACCGACACGCUAAUAUUAUGUAGGGCAUGUGGACACGAAGUGGCGUUCGGCACGGACAUCCACUUCGUCCCCAGUCGCAUGGCACUAUCCAGCCGCAACGACACGUCAGUGGGUGGUCGAAGGAUCCACAUCCAGCUCUUCGAGAACCCCCAGGGACUCCAGUUCGAGGUGAUGGUGUUUAAAAAAGCGGACGUUAUUAAGCAUUGGCCGGCCGACAGCCACUUCUCCUGGUACCCCGGGUUCUCUUGGACCGUAGCUACCUGCCCUAGGUGUAAAAAUCAUUUAGGUUGGGGCUUCCAGCCAAACAGUUGGCCUGAGACCGUCACAAACAACAAGUUUCAAGAGUCUGAAAACACCUUUUUGGCUUUAAUCGCUCACAGAAUAUUGAGAGAAGACUUUGCAUCAAGUCUGCUAAUGACUCCCAAAUCCUUUACAAGCUGAUGAACUUGACUCCAGGUUUUUCCAUUUUUGGUGCUUUCAAGUAUAUUUUCAAAAAUAAAAUUGCACCCCUGCUUUUCGCUUGAAGACUCCCACACGUGCAUACACAGUUUAGUUUUAUUAUUGUAACAAAGCAAGCUUUACACCUUUAAUUUGAAACAAUUCGAGUGUAAAUACUUCUGUCGAAACCAAUGAAGCAG